AUGGGAUUAUCCAAAUAUUUGUCAUUUUAAUCAUAACACACACCUGGGACUUUUAAUAGAAAUGUGGGGGUGUAGAUGAAGAAAUAGUAAUGUUCAAUCACUCAUCAAUGGUCAGGGUAACAGAAGUAUUUUAAUUUACUACGAUGCCAUUUGGUUUGAAAUUCAAAAGAACCAGACGUUAUGACAUUUCUACAAAGAAUGUUUUUGUGGUCGGGGUGGAAAUGCUGGACCAUUCCUUCUUGGAGUGUACCCUGAACUCAGACAGCACGGGGCAAGAAUGCCUGGAGAGCAUUGCCCAACGUAUAGAACUCAGUCAAACCCAGUACUUUGGCUUAAGAUAUGUAACAAAAAAGAUGCAGUAUCACUGGAUUGAUCUAACAAAGCCACUGAAGAAACAGAUAGAGAAGAAUCUACAGCCGGGGCACUCUCCCAGGCUCUACUUCGGGGUCAUGUUCUAUAUCCCAGGGGCACACAAGAUCAUUGAUGAUGUUGCCAGAUAUCAGUACUUUCUACAGCUGAAGACAGAUAUUGUGGAGGGAAGGGUUCCUGUUGGUAGUGAGCAGGUUAUACGUCUCGGUGCUUUUAGUUUACAAGCUGAAUUUGGGGAUUAUGAAUAUGACAAACAACACCAAGAAUACUUUGAAGAUAAUGAUUUAUUUCCAAAGACAAUGUGCCGAGAUGAGGGUGCUGUGGGAGAGAUGAUGCAGGAGGUCCUGAACUCUUACAGCAAUCUGCAGGGGAUCCACCCGGUCAAGGCCGAGAUGCAGUACAUCAAGGAAAUCCAGAUGAUGGACGGCUACGGCAUGGAAUACUACACAGCAAAGGAUCAAAGUGGUAAAGAGCUCUACCUGGGAACCUCUUAUACAGGUAUACUGGCCAGGUAUCUUGAUGGCACACCUACAAUAUGUUUCAGGUGGGCAGAAAUUGCCAGAUUAACACAGAGCAAGAAAGUUUUGGAGAUUGACACAUCCAAGAGUUCUUGCCAUUACACAAUGGAAGACUCAGAUACUGCAAAAUAUCUGAAGAGGAUGGGCUAUCUGAUUCAGAAGUUUCACAAAAACAACAAGAUGACUCCAAGUUCCAGUAUCGUUGACCUCUCCGAAUUCGCAGCGGACGGGGGACAGGACGAUAUCCAGACGUCACAGCAAGUGUUUUCGGACCCACUGACCCAGUCGCAGACUUCUCUCACUUACUCCCAACAUUCCACACAUUCCCAAAUGUCACAUGAUCAAAGAUUUGAUCGAGAUUUAUCACAGUCUUCCAUUGAGGAUUUCUAUCGCCAAUCCCAGCAGAGUCUGGAGACCACUCACAGUGAUAUCAUCCAUUAUAAUGGAGGUCACAUGAUUACUGACAGCCCUGUGAUUGGUCAGCACACGUCCAUGCAGAGGAGCGAGUCUCAGAAGUCCCCGCUACUGCCAGCGUAUCGCCCCAGUCCAAGCUACGAUGAAGUGAUGCGGCGUAGAAUGAGUCAGCAGUCACCUGCUGUACACAGCUCUCCUAUACUCCAGUCUCAUCACCACCCCACCACCCUCCCAGACCACAAACUCUACCCCCAGACCUCUCCCAGGCUCAUACAGGAUGCAAUGUUGUUACAGCAGCCUGCGCCUAAUAUCAUGUUCAACCCUGAUGUUACUUUUACCAAUGGAAAUGCCUAUAUGAAUAGUGAACUUAUGUCUUCCUAUAGCAACAACACAAUGUAUGCUAACAGAGCAGCUUUCGCUACAGACUUGGCUAAUAGAGGCAGUAACUUAGUCAUGCAGCCUACCUACAGUUCGCCAGAGUUGAAUACCCAGCUUCCCCAGUUCAGUAUCAAGGAGUCUGAGCCUGUUCAUUACAAACCUCCUCCCCCUUAUCCGCGGUCUAGCACGAGCACUCCAGAUCUUGCCAACCAAACUGUGAGGAAUACUGUGGGGGAAAGUCCAGAUUUAGUGUCACGGAAAAAUCUGGGGGCCAAGGCAAGUUUUAAUGGAAGUAUAGAAAGUGUUCCAAAGGUUGUGGCAGAUCACAGUGAACUUAGCGCUUACUCCAUGAACUCUGAAAGUGUUGUCAAAUCUAAAGAAAGUGCAAUAAACCAAAGACACACACGGGAGACAGUGGAGCAAACAUUGGUCUUGCCAGACAUAUCCAAAGCAAGGUUGAGUCCUGAUAUUACAGUUCAGCAUGCGGAGACAGACGAUGCAUCUAGUGAUCACUCCGGUGCUACCUUUCACAUCAAAGACACAGACAGUGAAAAGGAAGAUGAUAGGAGUCCAAAGCUGGACAGUGUCAAAUCAAAAAUUGCUAUAAAAUAUGUUGCUCCCAAUAAAGCACCCCCUCCUUCCACCACCAAAGAGCUGAUCACUCGAAGGGAAAGCUUCCGUCGACAGAUGAUAGCACGGUCAGCUCCAGAAAAUCCCAUCGGAAAGGAAGAGUCCCAGGAUCCAGUAGUGAUCCCGGAGCACACAGAUGCGGGUAAUGUAACGGUACCACCCACCACUAGUCAGUCCACAUUCAUCCGUCGCUUUUCCAGCAGGCGUCUGUCCCACAAGAAGCCAGAAUUGCCCCCCAUCACCCGGCGGGCAUCUGACAUAGGAGCCAAGUUCACAGGGCUAGAUGUGGUACCUCCAGUCAGUAAUUACGUGAGACAAGUCAGUGCAGAGUCUGAGGAACAGGAGAAACCAGUGGAGGACAGUGAUUCAGACAACGACAAGGACACCACAGUAAAACUAAAGAUGGGGCCUCUGAAAAUGGCAGCUAUGAAUGGUCUAACAAUGUCACGGCCAAUGGUAUUAGCUCUUAUGAAUGACGAAAGCAGAGCACCAAAGGAUGAAAGGAGGAAGUUACUAGAAAACAAACUGUCAGAAAACUUGGUGUUCAAAGAAUUUGAGGAGAUUCCAAAGAAGGUACAGUCAGCCGAGUGUAGCGUGGCUCGACUCCCAGAGAACGAGGUCAGAAACAGGUUCAAGGAUGUCCUGCCGUAUGACAUCACUCGAGUCAAACUGACCCCGCGGAAGGACAAUCACUCUGGUUAUAUCAAUGGUUCACACAUAAAGUUGUCCUUUGGGGAUCGAGUCUGGUGGUACAUAGCCACACAAGCCCCGCUAGAAGAUACAUCCUCCGACUUCUGGCAGAUGAUUUGGGAGCAAGAAGUGGAUGUUAUAGCCAUGUUGACAGACCUAGCUGAGCAAGGGAAACAGAAAUGUCAUACCUACUGGCCUCAGGAGAUUGGUCCAGAGCACAAAAUAGUAUUUGGACAGUUUGAGGUGACCCUCCUGUUCUGUAACGAUUCGCUGUGUUACAUCACAAACAGAAUAUCCGUGGUACAUCUCCCCACCAAGAAGGAGAGACAGGUGUGGCACCUACAGUAUACUGACUGGCCGGACCACGGCUGUCCCGAGGACAUGUACGGCUUCCUAGGAUUUCUGGAUGAAGUAGACUCGGUUCAGCGACUGGCUGAGAGUGAGGAGGGCAGUGGUAAGAAGUCCCCCAUCGUGGUCCACUGCAGCGCUGGGGUUGGGAGAACGGGUGUGGUCAUCCUUACCCAGGUCAUGAAGUGGUGUCUGGAACACAACUUUGACAUAGAUCUUCCGAGGGCCCUGGGUGCCAUACGUCAGCAACGAAUGUUCAUGGUCCAGACGCUAGGCCAGUAUAACUUUAUUCACAAGACUCUGAUCCAGUAUCUAAAGAAUUCCAGACUCAUCUGAGAGGACCUGGACAAACUCACUGAACUCAAAAACUCACAACUCUACAUGUGUUCUUCAGAACUUUGGUUCGAGAAGGGCAGGACUUUUUAUUGAGUCAUGAAAAACAAGAUUGUCUAGGGCAAUUACCCGUAAAUUAAUUUGAAAACAACAUUUUAUAGCUACAGUCAUAAUGAAAUUUAUCUCUAAUAGAAACAAAAUCAUGCAAAUUAAUGCCAGGAUGUGAAGUCUUUUGUGAUUCAUCUUUCCAUAAGAAAAUAAGGUUGUCAACAAAUGCAAGGUUUUCAAUUUCUGAAAGAUAUAUCUUGGUGCCAUAAAUGAGGUGAUAAAAUGACCAACUGCUUAUUCUGAAGGUUCAUUUUUAAAAGGAAAUACUGAUAUAUUCUUUGAUUUACUUUUGCCAUUUUAUAUUUGGUUAACAUUACUUUUUCAAAGCAGAGCUAACAUAUUCAGAAAGGGUUAGAAUUUUUGUAAUGUUAAGAAGAGAACUACGUAUUUACAUUUGUUUACAAUAGAGUACUUUUAAAAAAGGACAAAUAUAUGCAAAAAUAUAUUUAUAUAUAUAUUUAGAAUUAAAGAUACAGUAUGGGCAUAUUUUCUUAAGAAUGAUAUGUAUACAACUUUGUAUUUUUCCUUAUAAAGCAUGCAUAUGACUGAAUGUACAAAACACAUCUACAGGUAUUUAUCUAUGAAAUGACAAGUAUUUUAUAUGAUUGUAAUUUCUUUUAUUGACGAUAAAUUUUUUUUUGUAAUCUACAAUCAAUCUUGAAUCUAAAAUGAAUAUCCUUUAUACAGAUGAACUCUUAAAUUCUUUGAUUUUUACUUUUUCGAGUACUUGUCAUUUUUACCUUACUUUGCUCGUAGUUUUAUGUCUUACCUUUUGUAUGAGAUUUACUUUCUACAUUGUUUGUUGUCCUUUUUGAAUCAUGGUUGUCACCCCUGGUUGUGUGUUAUAUUUAUGACUUUCUCAUGGUAUCUUUAUAUAAUACAUUUAAUUUAUCAGUAUUUAUCUGUUGUAAAGUUUAACGAACGCGUAUAUUCAUAUCUAUGACUAUGCAAAAUAUUCAUGUUCAAGUUACUCAUUAAUAAUAUAAAUAUUUGGGGGAGAGAGAGAGAGAGAGAGAGAGAGAGAGAGAGAGAGAGAGAGAGAGAGAGAGAGAGAGAAUUUUUUAUUUGCAUGUACAUUUACCAACAUUAGCAUUAAAAGAAAAAAACGUAUUAUGCUUUAGAAAUAUUGAUGCUUAAAAACUUGGCUGUUGUACCAUGCAUGUCUGAAUUUAAAACAAUUAUAACCCAGUUUUUAAAAAUUGAUGUUUUUUCUUUGUGCUGAUUUAAGAGUCUUGUAUUUUUUUUUCAAUAUUAAGUGCUUUUAGAGGAUAUGUUGUGAAAACUUGAUUUUUGUAACAUACUCUAUAUAUUUUAAACUUUUCAUAUUUUUAAGAAUUUGGAUUGUGUCCUGACUCCUUAUGUUUAUUACAUUCUGUCAAGUCCCACUUUUGUCCUACAAACUCCAAUUCGAGUGUCAUGUUCUAUAUGUUCAUCUAAGGUUUUGAACUUAAAUCAUUUCAAUUCAAUCAGCUUUAUUCUAGUCUACAAAAUAUUUAACAUGAAUUGUCAAUGUAUUUGUUAAUUCAGAAUCCACCUUAGUUUCUGUAAUCGCGUUGUUCUGUAGUUUUGUGGAUGGAAGCUUCUUUUUAGCUUAUAUUUUGCUGACUUUUUAAAAGUUAUACCACUACCACCCUUUAGAUGAGAUUCUAGUAUACUUAGU